AUGGUUGAGGAUCUAGCUUACCGUGGCGUCGAUUCAAUCGGGGUUUAUGAUGAUGGCGAGCUGCCUGACACCUCGCUUUGCUCCCAAUGUCUAGAAGGUCACCAGGCUUAUGCGCCAUGCACUCCUUCCAAAUCCCUUCCUGUUGACGCGGUAUCACUUCCUCCUCGAUCAAUCAAGUCGGGGAUCACUGGUGCAUUAUCGCUCCAUGAUUACCGAAAAUAUCUCUCGCAGUCUGCAGAGCCCGUCGACGAUCUUGUCGAUCGUUCAGAAAAAACGCUGAAGCGAAAGACUGCAAAUUCGAAUUUGAAUCGUCCAACGGCACUCACAUCGCUUCCCUCGUCUGCGGUCUCAGUUUGUUCGGUGGCAUCUACUCCUCCACCACUAUCGCCAUCCUAUUCGCACAGCGUCAUCUCUCAGCGAAGCGAGCAGGAGCCCGAGGUUUCAGAACCUGCGACUGGUGGCUAUCAACCCCAGGCUCCACGAGUUCAUCUUGUCUCAAAGCACGCUACCCGUCCAAGACCAAACAGGAAGCGAUUGAAUACUUUCCGUGAAAAGCUUCAACGCGCCCAAGAUAGGGGCCAGGCUCAACACCCGCCUCUAUCUCGCCCCCAAGCGUCCGAUUCGAUGCUGGCCAACACGCAGGCCGUCGCCACCAUCUCCCAUGGCGGGACAUCCUUUGAGAUUCUAAACCCACGGAGGUCCCUGGACGUCGCCAGGAUCGUUUCUUUCAUUGAGGAUGUUGAUGCUUGCUCACUUCUCUCGACUGAUAACCGCCGCAACUCCAAAAUAUCGACCACUACUUUUUCUCCGGAUCAAACAUUUGAUCGAACAUCGCUCUCUCAGUUCACGGAUGCUUCACUGCCAUCCCAUUACUCUUCGCACUCUCUUUACACCUCUUUACCUGCCAGCCGCUCCACGCCCAAGAUGCAAACCACGGAUAUCCCAUCGUCGUCACCCGGAGUGCACGAUCGAGUCCGCUCGCUUUCCGACUACUCUCUCCGCGAACGUAACUACUGGUCCCAAAAUCAGCAACAUCACGCCGAGCAACAUCAUUUUGGAAGCUAUCCUGAUCUUGAUGAGGUAGAUCAAGAUGGAUGCCAUGACUUCUCCAGUUCCCCACGACCCCCAUCCUCUUCUCAGCCCACCUUCUACUCCGGGGAGAGCGAGAUCGGAGAGCCCGGUUCUCCCGUCUACGCAAACGGUGAAUGGGCUCAGGUCGACGAACGUGACCGCGGUAUUUUCUACGACCUGCCACAGGAUCAGGAUUCUUCUUAUGAGCUCCCUACACCUUCCGAUCUACCCUCACCUACCGAUCUCCCCGCCCCCUACAAUGCCUACUAUGCCAACACAAUGAAUUAUAAUCAACAUUAUGACCCCUACGAUCCCAUCUUCGACCCCCAUGUCCAAUCCGUGCUGGCCGCGGCCAACGCAGAGACCAUGGGCCUCCGCGGGCACCCUGCUCGCGCGCUAGACGACUUGCAGCGGAGGUUCCAUAGCUCACUCUCUCUUGGCGGCGAGGACCGCAAGAACGAGGAGCGAAAGUCAAUUUCCCAGCGAAAGAAGCUUCGAAAGCUCUUCAGUUGGCGGUCUGGGGCUUGA